AUACGACCUCUAGCGGUUUGUAAGGUCUAUGCAAGUCUCGAAUAAAAAUAUAGUGGAAAUUCAAUAUAUGGGCGUUUGCCCUUUGGCCCAAACAAAGUCCCCUUCUCUGGGUCAUAAACACUACAGAUGUCUACAGUGAUAGAGCAUGGUAAAUGAUUUGCCAAAGAAGAGAAUGUAGGGCAUUUAGACCCAAAUCUCUUCUCGGUUGGCGUCUGUGGCAAACAUCCAACAUUGACGAACAAAGUUUUGGGCUAUUUCUCCACGUUUGCUCCACCCCCUUGAGGGGCGUGGUUCAGACUAUGGGACAACAAAGCAUCAUGUGACAAGGGUAGACAUCAGCUGAUAAGAACACACUUUGGCCUCUGAGUCAACAAGUUACUAGUGAACAAAACAGCAGCGGUAGACGGAGGGAAACAGUGUAUAAAGACUUUUCUAAACGCUCCUAAUUCCCCUAAACGUCCGGGCGUAAAUUGUAGUAUAUUGAGAUUGCAAGUACAGCAAUAGAGCGUUGUUAACAAUGGCACGGCCUCAGCCAUCUCAUCUUGUCCUUCUGUGCUGGAUGGUCGCGAUUUUGGUUCUAUGUGAAGUAGGGUUCGUGUCAAGUUCAUCACGGAGCGUGUUGCUGACCAAUAGUAGGACACCUCUCAAAACUUCAAGGUUUGGAAGAAGAGACCCAGAAGAAGACAUGACACCAACCCAGCUGAUCACCAGUAAGGGUUACCCCUGUGAGGACCACUAUGUCACUACAGACGACGGCUUUAUUCUCAACAUGCAGAGAAUCCCACAUGGACUUCGCGAACCAAACAGUACAGUGACAAGACCUGUGGUUUUCCUACAACAUGGACUUCUGGGAUCAUCCACCAACUUCCUGACCAACCUAGCCAAUGAGAGUCUGGCUUACAUCCUUGCAGACUCCGGGUGUGACGUGUGGCUGGGGAAUGUACGCGGAAACACGUACUCACGAAACCACACCACGCUGAAACCCAGCGAGGCCAAGUUCUGGGCAUGGAGUUGGGAUGAGAUGGCCAAGUACGACCUUCCCAAGAUGCUGACCCACGCGCUGAACGUGACCAAACAGACGCAGCUGUACUACGUGGGCCACUCCCAGGGGACCAUGAUCGGGUUUGCAGAGUUCUCCAGGAACCAGGAGCUGGCCAGGAAAGUCAAGACCUUCUUCGCUCUGGCUCCUGUGACGACUGUGGGGGAUAUAAAGUCACCCAUCAGACUGAUGGCUAAUUAUGCAGAUCCAGUUGAGUUGCUGUUUGACAUCCUGGGAGAUCACGAGUUUUCCCCCAACUCCGAGUUUAUGCAUUUCCUGGGACAAGACGUGUGUGACCACCCUGUACUGGACGUGGUGUGUGAGAACGUGUUGUUCCUCAUCGGUGGCUUCAACUAUGGCAACACAAACAUUACAAGAAUCCCUGUAUAUGUGAGUCAUUCCCCUGCUGGCACCUCUGUGCAGAACAUGGUACAUUAUGCACAGGCUGUCAAGAACCACAAGUUCCAGAUGUAUGAUUAUGGCCUUGUGGAAAAUUUGCUGAAGUAUAAUCAGCCUACCCCUCCACAAUACCAACCAGAGAUGAUGACUGUACCAGUGGCCCUGUUCACUGGAGGACAGGACUGGCUGGCCGACCCAAAAGAUGUGGCCACCCUGCUCCCAAGGCUGAAGAACAAGGUCUAUGUUAAAGACAUACCAGAAUGGCAGCACCUGGACUUCAUCUGGGGGAUGGAUGCUCCUCAGAAAUGUUACAAGGACAUGUUAGACAUCAUCAAGAAACAGGAAGGGUGACAACCUGCCCACCCCUACUCACUAGUGGUGACUUCUGGAUUUCUCUCAGUCUUAGCUCAUCUUGGGCCAGUUCAUUAUUCUGAUAGGGGUUAAUAUUAUCAUAUCAAAGGGAACAUUCUGAAAAUUUUGACUAACAAGGACAGGAUUGUGCGAUAAGGUGGGCAACCUUUUAUGAUUCAAAACACAUUUUAUUGGAAGACAAGUAAUGAUUUCAAAAAUCAGCAGCUGAAAACAAAAUUGCAUGUUUCAUACAGUUACAAUUCCUGGGCAAUAAAGGAUGGUUGAUAUCAGAAA